AUGGAUGACCAAGAUUAUAAACAAGGUUCUGGAACUGAUCCAAUAGAAAAUGAUAAGCCUCUCUUGAAUGGUUUAGAGGAAAGAUUGUUAGAAUGUGAAUAUUUUGACGAAGAAACUUUAUAUCACUAUUUGAAUCUUUUAAAGGAAAAAACUAAAUCAAAUUCACCACAAGAAGCCAUCAAUCAGAUAAUUAUAACACUUCAAGAACUUGUUACUAAGAAAUUCAAACCAAUAAACAUAGAUCAAGAAUUAUUACAGAACAUUGCUGAUAUAUUAUGCGAUUUCGCACAUAACACAAAUGAAGAUAUCGUUUUAAUUGCAAUACGCAUAGCAAGAUUACUUACAAGAGAAAAAAAUUUCUUUGAACCGUAUUUUUUAGCGAUUAGUUCUAUUUUAGAUGACUUCAAAGGAGCAAUUUACUCUGAUAAUGCAGAUAUCGUGAACAAUGCACUCUGCGUUUUCGCAAAUCUCUUCGAUUUUGAUUCUGAUUUUGGAAUUGCCUUUAUCAAUGAAUAUAAGAUAGAUACAUUCAUAAAUUUAUACAAUAUAUAUGGAGAUAGUAUAUAUCCUCCAUUUUCACGCAUUUUCUUCCUUUUUUCAACCAAAAUUUUUGAUCCAAUUUUAAUUCAAGAUUUAGUCAACAGAAUAGACUUUAUUUUCAAUGAUUCAGGCAGUCAGAUACCAAUAAGCAUCAUAAUUCUUCUUUCUUUCCUUCUUUUCCGCUGUUCACAAGAUUUCAAAUUUUUCGAAAAAUUUAUGAAAGAUAUUGAUGAAAACAGACUCCAAAAAAUACAAGAACAAUUAGUUUCUCAAAUAAUGCAGCUUAUUGUUGAAAAACAUGAUGAUUUCUGGAUACUUUCUUUAAUCAGAUUAAUUAACUUAUGGAUUCAUGAAUCUACAACUAUAUCUAGGGAUAUAAUGAACACUGAAUACAUAGAUUUACUUAUAACUAAUUCCAAUCUUUAUUCAUUUGAUAUUAAAGUGGAAAUCAUUAACUUAAUUUCCACAAUUAUUAUUUACAAAGAUUUUAAUUUUAUUUUUUGUCUUGUUUCGAAUGGAAUUUUAGAUGUUUUCCUUGAUUGGCUUGAUGAUGAGAAUCCUCUUGUUGUUAACCCUGUUUUAAUGUGUUUCACCAAAAUAUGUGAUGAAUUCUCAAACACAGGAAACAGCGGAACUCUUUCUUCUUCAAUUUCUACGGAAUUUGUUGACAAAAUUUAUGAAUUACGAUAUCUUGAAGAUAAAUCAAUCAGUAACUGCACAGCUAUUGCUCAUUCUGCACUUAUGAGUGUACUUGAUGAAAAGAGAAAAGAAGAAAUUAAAGAAAAUUAUGAUUAA